AUGCUGCUGUUACUGGCUCUGGUGAGUGUGGUCCUUGCUCACCCUUCUGGUGAAAACUUUGAUGGAGAUCAGGUUUUCCGUGUCCAUGUGGAACAUGAAGAUCAGAUCAACUUAAUUCAUGAGUUGGCCAAUGCCAAGGAGCUUGACUUCUGGAAACCAGAUUCUGCCACACUAAUCAAACCUCACAGUACAGUUGACUUUCAUGUCAAAGCAGAAGAUACUGCUGUUGUGAAGGACUUUCUGGAACAGAAUGAAUUUCUCUAUGAGGUAUUGAUGAGCAACAUGAAGAAUGUUCUGGAGGCUCAGUUUGAUAGCCACACCCGUGCAAGUGGACACAGCUACACAAAGUACAACAGCUGGGAAACGAUAGAGGCUUGGACUCAACAAGUUGCCUCUGAGAAUCCAGACCUCGUUUCUCGAAGUGUCAUUGGAACCACAUUUGAAGGACGUAAUCUGUAUGUCCUCAAGGUGGGCAAAUCUAAAGCAAAGAAGCCUGCCGUCUUCAUGGACUGUGGUUUCCAUGCAAGAGAGUGGAUUUCGCCUGCAUUUUGUCAGUGGUUUGUGAGAGAGGCUGUUCGCACCUAUGGAACUGAGAGCCAAAUGACGGAGCUUCUUAAUGAAUUAGACUUUUAUGUCCUGCCUGUGUUGAAUAUUGAUGGCUAUGUCUACACCUGGACCAAGAGCCGAAUGUGGAGAAAGACCCGCUCUACUCGUGCUGGAAAUUCCUGUGUUGGUGUGGAUCCCAACAGAAAUUUUAAUGCUGGUUGGUGUGAAGCGGGAGCCUCUCGAAGCCCUUGCUCCGACACUUACUGUGGACCAGCCGCAGAGUCUGAAAAAGAGACCAAGGCUCUGGCUGAUUUCAUCCGUAACAACCUCUCUUCCAUCAAGGCGUAUCUGACAAUCCACUCCUACUCCCAGCUAAUACUCUAUCCUUAUUCCUAUGAUUAUAAACUACCUAAGAACCAUGAAGAGUUGGAUACCCUGGCAAAAGGUGCAGCAAAGGAACUUGCCACACUGUAUGGUACCAAGUAUACAUAUGGCCCAGGAGCAACAACGAUCUAUCCUGCUGCCGGAGGCUCUGAUGACUGGGCUUAUGACCAAGGAGUCAAAUACUCCUUCACCUUUGAACUCCGGGAUACAGGUUAUUAUGGCUUUCUGCUUCCUGAGUCCCAGAUCAAGGCCACCUGUGAGGAGACGAUGCUUGCAGUCAAGUACAUUGUCAGUUACAUCAGAGAGCACCUGUACUAG